AUGAGUAAUAAAGAAGAGAUAUUUCAAUAAGGAAAAAUAAGAAUUAUUUCAAUCAUUUAAAAUGCUUGUUUAGGGGCUUUUUUGAGUGGAUAUACAGGAGCAGAAUUGUCAUACACAUUUGAUGCUGUCAAAGAAAACCUUUAAUUAAACGGGAAUGAAUAUCUUUAUAAUAUAAUAUUUACUAUAAGCAUCAUUCUUGGUAGUUUUUUAGGAACUGUUUUGUACUCAUAAUUGCAUUAGUAUUCUACAAAAAGAAUUAUAAUGGUCAUGGCAGAUUUAAUAUUUAUUGCUUCAGUCACUUUUAGGUUUGAUACUUGGGAGGCUUUUGCACUUCAAAGAUUUUUAAAAGGAAUUUCAAAUGGGCUCAAUCUCUGCUCUGGAUUAGUUUACAUAAGAGAAAUAUCUCCUGACGAUUUCUCCAGCAAGGCUAUUUGCAUAUUUUAAAUUAAUGUUAACAUGGGCAUAGUCUUAGCUAAUCUUAUUUCAAUCCCUCUUUAAUCAAAUUAAACUAGCUCUUAAGGAGCCUCACAGUAUUGGAAAUUUGUCUUUUGUUUUCCACUCUUAAUCGCUCUCAUAAGAGCUUAUGUGCUCAUAUUUAUUUUUGAUUUCGAUACGCCCUUUUCUUACUACUAAUAAGAGCAUAUUCAUAAAGGCUAAAAAUUAUUAAAAAAGCUUUACUUUCCUGAUGAAAGUUAAGUAAUAUUCGAAUAAUACAGAAAUUUCUAAGAAGAUUAGCAACCAACAUUUAAAGUAAGAUGGAUAAAUGCUGCAAUUGUUUUUGCAAUUUAGCAGAUGUGUGGUAUCAAUAGCAUCAUACAACAGUCAAACACUUCAAUAAAUUAAUUUACAUAAAAUAAGUAAACUAUAGCUAUUUUAUAGCUUUUUAUGAACCUAAUUUUGCUUUCAAUGGCUAUUCUUACAUAUUUUCUGAUAGAUAAAUAUACUUAGAAAAUUCUAAAAUCUAUGAUGACAUUAGGUUGUACUCUUCUUGGUUUUUCUUUAAUUGCUAUGGUUUUGCUAUAGAAAAUAGAAACAAGCUAAGUUUAUUAAAUAAUUAAUGUAGCAGCAUAUUUCUUUAUUUUUAACUCUACACUUGGGCCAGUAACUCUUAUUUAUAUUGCAGAUAUUAGCAAAGAUAGCGUUAUGAGCAUAGGAUUUUACUCUUACUGGAUUACCUAUAUGCUAUCUUCUGGCUUAUAAAUGACUAACAAUUCAUAUAUUCCAAUCAUAUUUGCAUUUUGCUGCUUCAUAGGAGCAUACUAUUACUAUAAAUUUUGGUAUCCUACAAAAGGCAGGAUAUUUUAUGAUAUCAAUAUAAAGCUUAAUACAUACCAAACUUUUUACAAAUAAUUAUUUUAGGGAUUUUAAUUAGAAGAUACAAAUUACAAAGAUAAAUAUAAUUGA